UUGCUAACUUUCUUAGCUAGCGUUUUAUUCUGUAGUUGACAUUUUCCUUUCAGAACACCUAUCUGUAAAACUGCUUCGGUUAGAGAUUUUUAUUUUUCGGUUGGAGGUAUUUUAAACCCAAUUUGAGGUUUUAGGCAUUAUGACGAGCCAGCGGCCUCCCUCCAGCAUGGGCCGACCAAUGAGCCGCAGUGGAUCUGUGGUCCCUGGUGCUGGAAGACCCCCAACAGCUGUCCGACCUCCUCCUACAGCUAUUCGUGUCGCAACUGGGAUGGUUCCAGGUACCAGUGGUCAUCCUGGUAUGAGGGGGGGCAUCCCCAUCGCUGCCCCUGGAGUCCUGUCAGCACAGAUCAAAGUGACUGACAGGCCGGUCACCCAGCAGGGGCUCAGUGGGAUGAAGACUGGAAUGAAAGGACCUCAGAGACAGAUUCUGGAUAAGUCUUACUACUUGGGCCUUCUCAGGAGUAAGAUCAACGAGUUGACCACAGAGACUAGCAAGCUGCACAAAGAGAUUGACAACUACAACCAAGAGAACUCUGUAUAUCUGUCCUAUGAGAAGAGAGCUGAAGGCCUGGCUGCAGAGAUUAAGGAUCUGCAAGGGCAGCUUGCUGACUACAACAUGCUGGUGGACAAGCUCAACACGAACACAGAGAUGGAUGAAAUGAUUAAUGACUACAACACUUUGAAAGCCCAGAAUGACAGCGAGGCAGAAAGCAUUGAUAGCAUCUUCACAGAGAGGAGAGAGAGAGAGGAAGCAAUCAGGGCGAUUGAGGAGGAGAUCAGGAGGGAGAGACGGGUGGCUGACGAAGUCGUCCAGGCAAUGCCUGCCGCAAAGCAGGAGAAGUAUUUCACCAUGACGACAGCCAAUGAAGAACUGCUACAGGAGCUAACUGUUCUCCAGGAGGAGCUGGACAUUCUCAUAACCAGAAAGGAGGAUUAUGAAGCAGAACUGUCCCACUCGCAGAUAAAGCAGGAAGUAGUUCGCCUUCAUGAGACCCUGUCGACACUGGAGGCAAAGCGUGACGCCAUGGAGGCUGAGCACAAGAGCCUGGGCUCCCCCAAGGAGGAGCUGGAGAAGUUAUUUAAGCAGGUGAAGGAGGACAACCAGGAAAUUGCCAGCAUGGAGAGACAGCUCACGGAGAUCAGGGACAGGAGCAGACAGAUCACAGACGACAUCCGACACCUGGAGCAGGACUCAGAGGCAGCUCAGGGGGAAUGUCAACAGAAGUACAAGGAGAUGAAGAGGAAAGAAGAAGAAAUUGACCGGUUCCUGGAGUCAUUUGAGGAGUCCAGGGCUCAGGAGCAGGAGAGGAUGAGCCAGACUCAGGAGAACAUUGUGUCACUGCUGGAGCACUGCAGCAGGAGCAUGUUGCGGCUACGUCAGGUGGAUACAGUGACAGCCAGCGAGCUGAGGAACAUGCAGGAGGUACUGGUUAGCAAAGAGACGGAGGUGGUCCAAUCAGAGAGCACUGCCAGAGGACUGACCACAGAGUCCCAUCGCCUGCAGCAGGACCUGGAGAAGGUGCAGCAGCUGGAGGGGAAGAUCACAGGUGAGCUCAGCACUCUGAAGGAGCGCGUUGGCACCAUGGAGUCUGAGCUGCACACCUACAGAGACCUGGACACCCUGAGGCGCACAGCCGAGGAGAAGAAGAAGAGACUACAGGAGGACCGGGUAUCACUGACUCAGCGUCGAGAUUCAUUUGGACAGCUGUUAGAGGAGAUGAACCAGAAAUAUGAAGCUCUGAAGACCAAACUGGAAGAAAAUGAGACUCAUGCUCAGCUGGCUAACCUGGAGAGGAAAUGGCAGCACUUGGAGCAGAACAAUUUUGUGAUGAAAGACUUCAUCGCCUCAAAAUCUCAGGAGAGCGACUACGCCUCAGUUGCCAAGAACGUCUUCCAACAGGUGGCCGAGUACAACCGGAGCCUCAUUGAUUCACUGCAAAACAACAAGAGUUGAAGACAUUAACCCACACAUACGGCUCGUGGUUUGGGAUUUGACAACACUCAGACUAUCAAAACACUUUAUUUGUACCCAGUCGUCUCAAAAUUGAACCUUUUCUCUUGGAGUUUCACUGUUAAGUUUCCAGUGAAACAUUCAGUUUAUAUAUGAAGUUUUCAGAUAUCCGGUUUGUGAAAGUAGCUUUUUGGGUCAGUUAAACUGUAGCUGCUUGCUGCCGUUGAAAAAGAAUAGUUGUGAUCCAGCAUUGUGAAUAUUUAUAUGCUAUAUUUUGUGUUUCAUCACACAGACGUGGAGUCAUUGCUGCAUUCUGUGUAGGCAACUUUGUAUACAAUUGAACUUCUGAAUUGUAUUUCAAUGAUCAAUCAGAUUCUUUGGACAGACUACAUUGAAAAUUAAGACCCCAGAGUGUGUCACCAGACUUCAACACAACAUCUUUUCGGUAUGUAAAAGAAAAAAAAGCAGAGUAACAACACCUCCAGCAAAAAAAUAAAAAAUAAAAAAAACUGCUGGAAAAAUUGUCAAAAUUUCUAGAUAUUUUUUGCAAAACUGGUCUCCUUCAUGCCGAGAAAUGGAAGUCUGUCAUCAAACAUAUAGGUUAUAGAUCUGAAUCUCAUUCAUAAAAGGUGUAGUGUUGCAUUGAGUUCCUACUGUGGAACAUUUUUAAUCUGAACUGUUAGUUUUAAUUCACCAGAAGAGUAAAUGCCCUACAAAUUAGAAUCAUUUAAUGUUCAAAAUUGCCCACUUAAUUCUGUUGUAAACUGUAUUUUGUAUAAAUAAAGA